AUGGUCAAUCCGUUUGUAGGGACUGUCCAGAGGGAACAUUCUGCAAUGAGACAGGCCUUGCUGAACCCAGGGUGUGUCCCAAAGGGCAUUUUUGCUUGCCUGGAAGUUCCCUGCCUCUCCCAUGCCCUGUGGUGGGGCUUCCGUUUGGAGAUUUUUGCCCACCAGGACAUUACUGCCCUGCUGGCACAACACAGCCAAAAGAGAUGCCUUGUCCUGCUGGCACCUGGAAUGAACAGAGGGGAGGCCAGGAUGCCAGAAUGUUCUGUGGAGACUGGGGAUUAUCCUCUCCAAGUGGCCCCUGCGGGCCAGGAUUCUUCUGCACAGCAGGAGCAAGUGUCCCAAAUCCUAAUGGAGCCACAAACACGAGUGCUGGUGGCCCGUGCCCACCUGGACACUUUUGCCCAGCUGGCACAAGUGUGCCACAGCCAUGCCCUGCAGGCACUUACUCACACAGGUGCAUGGGAGAAAGGAGGCCCUUGUCCUGUGAGCCAUUUCUGUCCAGAAGGGACCAGCUUUCCCCUACCCUGCCUUGCAGGGACCUACAACGACCUCACCAGACAGGCUGCAUGCUUCCCUUGUGCUGCAGGCUAUUACUGCCCAGAAAAUGCCACCAGCUACACCAUGAAUCCUUGCCCAGCUGGCUUUUACUGCCCCAAAGGAACCAAGUUUGCGACUGAAUUUCCCUGUCCUCGGGGCUACUAUAACCCUGAUCCCAUGACACAGAGCUUGGAUAGCUGCUUGCCCUGUCCACCUGGGCACUACUGUGGGAAGGAGAACUUGACAGCUGUGUCAGGCAAAUGUGAUGCAGGCUGGUUCUGUGUCUCAGCUGCUUGGACCUCACAACCUUUUGAUCUGGAUAACUACACCAAUGCUAACUGCCUCUGUCCAGCCACUGCCACUGGAGGGAAGUGCCUAGCUGGUUUCUAUUGCCCCAGAGGAAGCCCAGAGCCUCUUCCCUGCCCUCCUGGGCUUUACUGCAAUGCCUCAGGUCUGUCUGUCCCCAGUGGGCAGUGCACUGCUGGGUUUUACUGCAGCGGUGGUGCAGCCCUCCCUCAACCAACUGAUGGUGCAACUGGGAAUAUCUGUCCGGUGGGGACAUACUGCCCUGCAGGAUCAGCAGUACCCGAGCCCUGCCCGGCUGGCACCUUUUCUAGCGUGCCAGGGCAGAGGAUGCUUUCCAAGUGCCAGCCUUGCCCCUCUGGCUUUUUCUGCAAGACGCCUGGUCUCAGUGCCCCCACUGGAGAGUGCCAGGAAGGAGAUGCCCAUUCCUGCGUCUUCCUGGGGUUGAAAGCCUUAAGACUUACUGCCACCUUGGCUAUUACUGUGACAGCCAGCAAGAACCAGUCAUUGAUUUUACCCUUUACCCCUGCCCACAAGGUUUUUACUGCCCACCGGGGACCCACCACAGCACUCAGCACAGCUGCCCUGCAGGAACCUUUGGACCAAGGCAGAAACUGA